UUUUUUUGGCAGUUUUUCUUGGACUGUUGUAUUGAUGAGUGUUGUGUAUUGUUAUGGUUUAUUAUUUACGAAACAAGUUUCUAAUAAUAUUUACAUAGAAUUUGAUUAGCUAUACUAAAGUUCUAAUGAUUAAGUGACAGGUGUUAGUUUAUAGUUAAUAUAUAUGUAGUGUGUCAGAAAAUGGAGGGAAACUCUAAGUUUUACGAGGGCUGCGGUCAGGAGGGCCCAAUUCGAUGUAUAUUUUUGUGUGAAUUCCAUCCAACAGCCGGGCCAAGAAUUACUUGCCAAGUGCCAGAGAACUAUAUUUCUAAAGAAAUUUUUGAUACUGUCAGUCAUUAUAUCAUACCAAAGGUGCAAUUGCAAAGAUGCACCCUCACCGUUACACUUUUGGGUUCAAAAAUUCUUGGUUUUCCAGUCAGGAUCGACAAUAAAAAGUAUGCCCGCAAUGCAUAUUAUUUUAACCUGUGUUUUGUAUGUGAUGCCUGGGCCAGAACAGUGCACUUGGAACCACUUGUCAAGAAACUUACAGAAUAUUUGUUAUCAAUGGAAUUAGAAACGGAAUGGCUUUCAAAGCAAUCAUUAUCCGGAGAUGCCAAAGAGCUGAAUGGACUCAUGAGGCAGGUUAUGCAGGACAUAAACUCUAGAAGAAUGUGCACAUUAACUGUUGGAACGACGACCACGCACCUCACGGUAGUGCGAGUGAACACAGAUCCAGCACCCGUCAAAGAUCACCAAGUACCCGUAUUCCUCUAUAGUCGCCAGUCUUUUGUAGCAGACCAAUGGGAUCUUACAACAAACCAGAUACUACCACACAUAGACGGCUUCAACCACGUGGCAAAGAUCGCGUCGUUAACGGACGUAGAAAUAAGCUUGGUACGUGCCUGCGUCCAGAAUCUAGUGUACUAUGGCGUAGUAACACUGGUGCCCAUCUUUCAAUACUGUGCUGUCUACAGCGCAACUCCAAAAUUAAGACAAUUAACGCGAUGUCCGGGUCUACAGAGGCAGUGUGUUGAAUUCUGCGCAAGAUCACCCCGACAUUUACCAAAAGUCAGCGAUUUAUUUCGUAUGUACGCUGGUAUGACAUACGGGAGUACGAUACGCGAUCUUUGUAGGCGAAUGAAGCCACAAGAUCUAGCUAUUAAUGAGAGGAAGUUGGUGCUAUUUGGAGUACUGGAAGGCCUGAUUAGACGAGUUUAUAAGUUCCCAGUGACAGUUCACAAUGAAACGUCAUCCGUACGAAGUUGUCACAGCGCGUGCAUUCGGACGUACAACGGCCUCAUAUGUAUGGACGAGUUGUGCUGUCAGACCGGUAUGUCAGUCUCGCUCUUAGAGGAACAAAUGGAGAAGGACAGCGAUGUUGUGUUUAUCGUCAAGUAAACCAGCCUUUCUGUAAAGUUUAAACAAGGAGAUAUUGUCGUUCAUGUCAUUUGACAAAUGUACAGAUUUUGCAUGUCAUAAUUGGCAGUUGUGUGGGACAUUUAACUAUAACAUUUGAUUUGUUAAAUUUCUUUUGAGAGCACUGUUGGCCUUUUGCGUUCAGCGUGCGAUUCAUCCCUGAGGUUCAUUCCCCGGCUACCAAUAGACUUUCUGGCCUUAAAACCAAAAGGUCAACGGCAUGCGUCAGGCACAGGAUUCUGAACACCUUUUAGAUUGAUAAAUUAUCAUGUGACAGAAAACUGAAGCCAUACCUGAAAAAGGUUGCAGCGCCACUGAUUUAUUUUUACUAAACGGUCUUUUGAUCUCUCUCGCGGGAAUUUUGACGUUUUAAGAAAGAUAUUGACAGCUAAUAGAACGCCAUAAACGUCAAUAUAUUUAGCGUCAAUCUUUAAAGUGAUUGUUAAAGUUUGAAUUGACAAUUUAUUAGAGAGUUAGGUUAUAUUUGUAUAAUUGUUUGAUACUAAAACAAGUUUUUAUACAUUUACGGAAUACUUUUAUAUGAUCUAAUAGAGCGUUCGAGUAUUACUUAAAGAAUUUGAGGGUUGGGGGGUUGGGAUAAAACCCCCAUUGAAUAAUAAAUAUAAUAAUAAAAUAUAAAAAUAAUAUUAAUAAAAAUGGUGGGAUUGUUAAUAUUAUUUUCGACUUUCCGAUACUUUACACCACAUAAAU